AUGUCUUCUUCCAAAACCUCCGCAGAUUCUAAAACCACCACCACCUCUCCGGCCACCCCCCCCAAGAAGGAUGCUCUCGACACCCCGCCCCCCUACCUUAACCCCGUAACCCCCGCCAUCUGCUCUAGUGGCCUUAUAGACUUCUCGCACCUCUCCACACUGACGGCCGAGCAGCUGGUUAAAUUCGACGAGGAGCUCGUACCGUUGUGCCGCCGGUGGAUGGCGCGGUCGGGCAAUGGAAUGCCGAUGCAGGAGUUCCGUGACUGGCUCCGCGGUUAUGGCUUCUUUGUGUCUAUGGAUAGGAGAAAGUACAGGCAAAGGGCAGCAGAGGAGGGGGUUGAGCUGGGUGUGAGGCUGGCGGCCAUGGUAGCUUUCAGUGUGUCAUCUAUCCAGGGGGACGGUGUAUCCCGAACGACAGCUUUUUGGUCCACGGUGAGAGAGCUGGUGGAGGUAAGGGGGUUAUCGGGUAAGAUUUGA